CUGAGUGUUUGCAGCUGUGAACGACUGUCAUAUCUGGUGAGUUCCUCUUCCUGUCUCUUUCUGCUCACCUUUGAUCCUAUUUAUGCAACUUCUGCGGCUAAUACACAUAAAUGGCUCCAAGUCAAGUCUCCACGUUGAACUGCGAUGCGUAUGAUAUGCUUCCCUUGCAGCUGGAUCAUUGUUAAUGCGCGCCCUGUGUCGUGCUGAUUUUUCUUUAUUCGAAAGUGGCAUCUAAUAUGUACAAAAUAUCAUGUAAAAUGUUUUAAAGUGUGUAAUAUCUUUACGUUUAAAAAUAGUAAACAUUUUAGAAGUAUCAUGGAUAAUCUUAGAGCUUUGAAUAGAUUAUAUAGUGACAUUCCUUGCAGUUGUGCCAACUGACUAUCUGGUUGCACCACCUGACUAUUGCAACUAGUCUCAAAUUAAACAGGCUUCUGUUUGGUUGCUAGCAUUAGCUUCUACCCUUGUCAUGAAGUUAAAACAGACCACUUUUUAAAAAAAUUAAGAGUUUUAUGAUAAAAUAUUUUUUUUCUAGUUUUACAUUGGUUGUACCACCUGACAAGGAAAGUGUACCAGCCUACAUAUGAGUUGAAAGUAGGUAUUUUUAUCAGUAUUUGACAGAUCUUACAACACUUUUAGCUUAGUCCCAAGGGUCUCUUGGGGUCCUCUGGCCGAUGCAACAUCCUGUUUACAGCUAUUGUCUCUUCACUUCAAAAUAAAAGUCCAAUGUUUAUGGUUGCCCCACCCUGACAUUUAGGAAAUGUAAAUUGCCGGACAAAAGUGUUGCAGUUAUUUUAACAGCUUUAAAACUAUUGAUAUUAGAAUAAAAAACAUUAUCUGAAAGACUUUAAAUAUAAAAAAAUGCCAGGGUAUUUUAUUUUGAAAUUAUCAUUAUUAACAUAACCUUUUUAAUAGCUUUCUUAGUCGGACAGUUGCAAGGACAGUUGCACCACCUGACAUUAGGGGUUUGAAAGGCCAAAACAUAAAAUAUUAUAAUUAUUUGAAAUUAUUGAAAAAUGUAUGAAAAUAAAUAGAUUUUAUAGAAUUUAGUGAUAUAUGUCAUUAUUAGAUUUUUUUUUCAUUUUAAAAAAUAAUGGACACAAAAAAAUAUGCAUGUCAUGUCAUUGACGUAAUAGUUAAAAAUGAUCGGCACGUGAAGGCAAUGGUUAGGUUAUUAUUGACUAUUUAUUUCCCUAAUUUAGACUUGAAGGUAACUUCUCCAACUAGUUGAGCAACCAAUUAAAAUCAUGAUACACAUAUUGUUUUCCUUAUGUUAAAGUUAUUUGAAGGACUACAGUCACAUUUAGUUACGUUAUGCAAUAUUCCACGGAAGGAGGGGCGAUAUGUUUCUCAGCCUGCCAGAAAUCUUUGCCUGAAAAGCUAAAUUCAGGGCGUAAUACAUACCACAACGAUCCAGGAAGCGGAUGUUGUUGACGCUUUAUCGUCAUCCGGUUUUACGGACAGGCUAGCUUGGCGUAACAGCUUCUUACGGCAGAAUUAUUACACUUUUAAACAGAGGUACGGAUAAUACAAAUCACACAGGUGCGUUGCUCUACAAUGGACGCUUUUCUUGUUGAUUUUUCUCGCGUUAUCAAUAUUUCCGUUAUCGCGAGAUCGGCUAGUUAUAGCGCGGCUGGCUCAGGCUAACAGGCUAAUUAAACCCUGGCAACCAUAACCUGAAGAUAACUGUCAAAGAGGAGGAAAUAUUUAACUUAUAAUAUAUUUUAAAAGUUUGACAGAUCAGAGUGAUAACAGGGACUGGCAAGGGGUAUCAGAAACUAAUUUCCAGAUGGGUUGUUGUUUUGACUUGUAUUUUAAUAGAUUGUGUUGUAAAGGAGUGGGUUUUUAAACACAAACAACAUAAGGGUUUGUGUGCUGUGCUUUCUUUUGUUUACAGUGAGACCUAAAUAAGACGUGUCGUGAUAACUGAAUCGUUUCUUAGAUCGCCUGUGCUAUAAGACUAUAUCUAGAAAAUAAUAUUGUUGUUAUCUUUACAUUGAAGGGUUAACUUGGGUUAACCGGUUUGCUUUAGGCGAGAGUUACAUGAAACGUGGUUAUGUCAACGUGUCACACCUGACAUUUCGGAGAAAUUAACAGGUGUGACUGACCAACCUGCGCACAGGACUCUUAGCAACGUUGCACUGCUCCUUAAGUCUGGUACAACUCUAUCAAUAAGACCUCGAUACCUGGUUACUUGAAAUUACAACAUUCCUAUUUAAUUGCAGUUUAGGUGCAACUACUCAACAUAGGACUACUAGUGCUGUUUUUGAUGCUUGCUAGUAAACACAAAUGGUAAAACCUGCUAGCAUUAUUCUGUGAUGUGCCUAUUGAUGAUUAAGUGGUAUAUCUUAGGGAAAGCCAAAAGUGCUUUAAAAUGAUCUCAGAGGUAUAACACUGGUUAGUUUGAGGUGUUUGGUUAGGGCAGUGGUAAUGACUAGGUAUUCGCUCUGGGACUGACUGAGAGUCAAACGGUAGUUUAUGCAUAUUGCUACGAUCUGGCCCCCCCUACCACAAUGCCGGCUGUACUGUUCUCAUUGAUGCUGCUUGGAGCAUUGUGCAGCCUCGGAGAGAGCAUGUCACGAGAAGAGAAAAACCGGUUGAGGAACCAAGUAGUUGAGAUGUUUGACCAUGCAUAUCAGAAUUACAUGGACCAUGCGUACCCAGCAGAUGAGCUGAUGCCUCUAACAUGCAGAGGGAGAGUGCGUGGGCUUGAACCCAGUCGAGGUGACGUGGACGACGCUUUAGGAAAGUUCUCACUGACGCUAAUAGACACUCUGGAUACUCUAGUGCUUUUAAACAAGACAACAGAAUUCGAGGCGGCAGUGAGAAGAGUGCUGAAGGAUGUGAGGCUGGACAACGACAUUGUGGUGUCGGUCUUUGAAACCAACAUACGAGUGCUUGGAGGUCUGUUAGGAGGGCACUCCAUGGCCGUGAUGCUGAAGGACGGAGGUCAGAGCAUGCAGUGGUACCAGGAUGAGCUCCUGCAUAUGGCCAAAGACCUGGGCCUCCGCCUGCUGCCAGCCUUCAACACCAGCAGCGGCCUGCCUUAUCCAAGGGUGAACUUGAGGCACGGUGUCAGGGGUCCUGAGACGAGAACAGGCACAGAAACGGACACCUGCACUGCGUGUGCUGGAACCAUCAUCCUGGAGUUUGCCGCCUUAAGUCGCUUCACUGGUGAUCCUGUGUUUGAGGCUCAUGCCCGGAGAGCUAUGGACUUUCUGUGGGAAAAAAGACAGAGAAACAGCAACCUGGUGGGAACAACUAUCAACAUCCACUCUGGAGAGUGGGUCCGCAGGGACAGCGGAGUAGGAGCGGGAAUUGACUCAUACUAUGAAUACCUGCUAAAGGCUUACGUCCUCUUGGGAGAUGACCAGUUUCUGCAGCGGUUCAAUAUUCACUAUGCAUCUAUAAUGAAGUACAUCAGCCAGCCCCCGCUGCUGCUGGACGUACACAUCCACAAACCUCUGCUUCCCGCUCGCACCUGGAUGGACUCUCUGCUGGCCUUUUUCCCUGGACUCCAGGUGUUGAAGGGAGAUAUCCGUCCUGCCAUCGAGACACAUGAGAUGCUGUAUCAAGUCACAAAGAAACACAACUUCCUCCCUGAGGCUUUCACUACUGAUUUCAGGGUACACUGGGCCCAACAUCCCCUGAGGCCUGAGUUUGCAGAGAGCACCUAUUUCCUUUACAAGGCCACAGGAGACCCUUACUACCUGGAGGCAGGUCGCACCAUCCUGGACAACCUCAACCGCUUCGCUCGUGUCCCCUGCGGCUUCGCUGCGAUGAAGGACGUGCGCACUGGGAGCCACGAGGACAGGAUGGACUCGUUCUUCCUUGCUGAGAUGUUUAAGUACCUCUUCCUGCUGUUCGCUGAUGAUGAGGAUUUACCGUUUGACAUCGAGGAUUACAUCUUCACAACCGAGGCUCACCUGCUGCCCCUGUCCCUCUCCACAACGCCUGACUCGCAAUCUAUUCUCUCAAACAGAACGUCAGAGGAGGAGCUGGACGACUCUAACUUCGAUUGGACGUGCCCUAACACUCGCCUCCUGUUUCCUGACCCCGCCUACCCUCGUAACCUGCGGGAACCAAUCCGUAGUGCUGUAGAUAAGAGCUGCCCCCGUCCUGCUCCUUACAGGGAGCCCGGUAUGGGCCGUCCUCCCCUGAGGGCGCAGGACUUCAUGGCUAACAACCCAGAGCAUCUGGAGCUGCUGAGGAGGAUGGGAGUCAGUCUCAUCCACCUGAAAGAUGGCAGGGUGCAGCUGGUGCAGCAUGCUACACAGGCGGUGAGUGCGGUAGCAGCAGAGGACGGCGUGCGCUUCAUGCAGGAGAUGAUGGAGCUGUCCAGCCAGCAGCAGAAAGAGCAGCUGCCUCCCCGAGCCAUUCAGAUCGUCUCGCAUCCGUUCUUUGGCAGGGUGGUGCUGACCGCCGGCCCAGCGCAGUUUGGCAUCGACCUGUCCAAAAGUACCACAGGAGUGCGAGGCUUUGUGACUGUGGCAGAACCCUACAGCGGCUGCAGCGAGAUCACCAACCCUGAGUAUGUGCGGGGCCACAUCGCUCUGCUUCAGAGGGGUCAGUGCAUGUUUGCAGAGAAGGCCCGACACAUCCAGAAGGCUGGCGCCAUCGGAGGCAUCGUCAUCGACGACAACGAGGGCAGCAGCAGCGACACAGCCCCCUUGUUUCAGAUGGCGGGCGACGGCCGCAGCACGGACGACGUCACCCUGCCGCUCCUCUUCCUCUUCCACAAGGAGGGCAACAUCCUGCUGGAGUCGCUGAAGGAGUACCGGGAGGUGGAGGUGCUGCUGAGCGACAAAGCCAGAGACAGAGGUGCAGACGUGCAAGCUGCUGAGGGUGGCUGCUUAACCGAGGCAACAACUCCCACCAAUUUUGAGCCUAUUAGCCAAUCGCUAAUUAGCACUUUGGCGCUAGGGGAGGUUACGCCAUCACAGGAGGAAGUCAGUGCUGUAGAUCAAGACACUACUCCUAUGGAGGAAACUAGUCCUUCAGAGGAAGUUAGACUGGUGGAAGAGGAAGCUAGUCCCGCAGAAGAAGCUAUUCCCGCAGAGGAAGCUAUUCCCGCAGAGGAAGCUAUUCCAGCGGAUGAAGAAGCUCCUCCUACAGUGACUGAUUCGACUCAGCCCAAAGAGGAGACAGACUCUGAAAAGAGCGAGGAAGGCGACACAGACUCAAACCAGUCAGUGGAUGAACUGCUGGCUGAUUGGCGGGAAGACUUGGAGGCGUUCCAGCAGAUGGAGAAGGACGAGCUCUGACCUUUAGGGCUCUGACAGUCGUCGGGCGUGUCGUUCCCUGUGACUGCGGUGUGAUCCCUCCCUGUGAGGAGCAACACAGAGGGGCCGCAUCAUCACAAGUCACCAGUCUCAAUCUGGUGAACUCCGGGAAAGCUGGGGAGGCUGUUCUCUUGCUCUCUGUGGACGGUAACACGUGCCAAGGCAGCCCAAACACUGCAUUUCCGGACCAUAAGGGAGUCCCUUUUCAGCCUGGUAGAUAAUGGAUGAGAGACCAGGGUUUUUACCUCACUUUCUCAUACAGUUUCUGUUAAUCUGUCUUAACAAACCCUAAUGAAUGACAUGGGCCAGACUGUGUGUGUAACAGCCUCUCACUUCCACUUCAAAUUACUUCUCACACUGUUGUUCUCUCUAUGCAUUGGUCCAACAAUUAUGAAUUAAUCCAUCGACCAAUUUUAUUUUAAAUGUGAUGAUUAUUUGUGAUACAUCUACGUCUUUGGCCUAAUCAUUUGUACACAUCUAUGUGACUUGAUUCAUGUGGGGAUGUGUGACAUUGAAUAAACUGCAGGAUCUUUUUUAAUGGCUUUACGAUAGACAACGCCAAACUUGAUCUCUCUCUGGAGGAUAUAUGAAGUCAUCUGUCAAUGUAAAUAUGUAUUUGUGGAGAUAUAUUGACUAAAAUAAUAUAGCGCUGCUUUGCUCAGGUUCUGGUUCACCCCACAAACAGCCUCUGGACCACAUCGGGUGGAGCAGACUCUCUAAGCAGCGUACUGGGAUGGAUUACCCGGCUGUGGGCGGCCACAGGGGGGCGCUAUGAGAUCUGUCUCUCGUUUAGCUGCUGACUGAUUGGAAAGAGCAGAAAUAAGCCAUUAAGUUAACGUGAUCAAAAGUAAUGAAAUAAAAGAUGAAGAGGGAAACAGACAA